CUAUGGCUGCGAUCGUGGGCGAGGGUUCCGGUACUGAGGAGGCCUGCCGGCACAUGGAAUCUAAGGAAGAAUUCGUUAAAGUCAGAAAGAAGGACCUGGAGCGGCUGACGACGGAAGUGAUGCAAAUCCGGGACUUCUUACCCAGAAUACUAAAUGGGGAGUUACUGGAAAGCUUCCAGAAGUUGAAGAUUGUAGAAAAAAACCUGGAAAGAAAAGAACAAGAAUUAGAGCAGCUGAGAUUGGACUGUGAACACUUCAAAGCCCGGCUAGAAACUGCACUGGCAGACAGUGGGAGGGAGAAGAAGGAGAAGUUGGCUCUUCGACAGCAGCUGAACGAGGCAAAGCAGCAGCUCCUGCAGCAGGCAGAGUACUGCACGCAAAUGGGGGCUGUCACCUGUACCCUCCUCUGGGGCGUUUCCAGCAGCGAGGAGGUCGUCAAAGCCAUUCUAGGAGGAGACAAAGCAUUGAAGUUUUUCAACAUCACUGGUCAGACUAUGGAGAGUUUUGUGAAGUCACUGGAUGGGGACGUCAAGGAGGUUGACUCUGAUGAAAAUCAGUUUGUCUUUGCGCUGGCUGGAAUUGUAACAAAUGUUGCUGCUGUUGCGUGUGGGCGUGAAUUCUUGGUGAAUUCCAGCCGGGUGCUCUUGGACACCAUGUUGCAGCUGCUGGGGGACUUAAAGCCUGGCCAGUGCACCAAACUCAAAGUUCUAAUGCUGAUGUCCCUGUACAAUGUGAGCAUCAAUUCAAAAGGCUUGAAGUACAUCAGCGAGAGUCCUGGAUUUAUCCCCUUGCUGUGGUGGCUUCUAAGUGAUCCAGAUGCAGAAGUGUGCCUUCAUGCCGUGCGGCUCAUCCAGUCUGUGGUUCUAGAACCAGACGUCUUCUCCAAGGUGGCCUCUGAGCUCCAGAACUCCUUGCCCCUGCAGCGCAUCCUGGCCAUGUCCAAGAGCCGCAACUCCCACCUUCAGUCCGCUGCCCGGGAGCUCCUGGAAGACCUCCGUGCCCUGGACUGUAGUGUUUAGAUGUGCCCAACUACUGGAGCUUGGUGAAAAUGCCAGUGGCCUGACCCCUCCUGGGCUUCUACCUUUGUGUUCAAAACUAGUAUGUCACUUAUGUCACGUGUUAGAGAUCACAGGCCUUGAGGACUAGAGAUGAGCAUGAUGGGUAAGCAUCCUGUGUCUCCCUUGGGAGUGCACACUGGUCAGGCAGCUGGUUAAUUUUGCCAGAGCAGUGACCCCAAAAAGGUUGUAUUCUCCAGAAAGGUCACCUCGGAACACUUGGCUACUCUGAGUUUUCUCAGAGUAGCGUCCUGCUGCCCUGGAGGCUGCCUACGCGUGGAGUUGGACCACCACCUCCCAUGUGGUCUGUGUUCCAGCAGCAUUUCUGUGAUGGCCCACCCCCUUCUCUGGUAACCAUGACCCCACUGCACAGGUUACCUUUGUAACCUUUUAUGACCUGUUACUUCACAUGCAAUGGACAGUUGAUAUCUGUCUCUGUGCUUUUAUUUUUGAAUAAAGUUAAGUCAGUAUCAGUUUCUGAAUAUAA